UCCCGCCAGCGAAGAGACAACAAAAGCGACGAGCGCUCGGCCAGCUAAUUUCCAAACUCAAUUUUUCUCAAUUCAUAUAUUUUCGAAACAUUUUCCAACUGCAGUCGCGCGUGCAACGUGAAGAAGAUACAUUUCGAACAAUCUGUUAACAAUUCUUUGACAAAAUGCGACGCUAACAAAUAAAAGAAAAAGUAAUAAUAAUAAUAAGAGGAAAAAAAGAGAAACCAAAACGCGGAAGUGAAAAAAGCCGCCGGCGUUUUUGCUGCUGCUCAACUUGGGCAAAGGAUGUGCAUUAAUCAGAUAUCAGGAAAUCUGAAACAGCAGCCGAAUGAUUGUUAAUCAAUGCACAAAUCAAUUGUGUAAACAAAAGCCGUGUGUGUGCGUGUGUGCGUGCGUGUGCGUGUGUGUGCUUGCAAUUUGCAUAUCCUUGCAAAUGAAUAAAAUCAAUUUGCAUAUAUUCAAGAAAUAAAUUGUAAAAGUUACAACAACAAAAAAUCAUUUCAACAGGCUGCUGCCCUCCCCCCUCACCCCUCACAGUGCCAUGCAAAUAAAUUAAAUAUUGUUAUUAAUUAUUGUGCCUUGAACUUGUCGGUGACUUGUGACCUAGAGCGUAAGCCCCAAAAGGAAAUUAAACAAAAUAUAAAAAUCUAGCAUAUAAAAGCCUUUCAUUGUGUUGCAUUGAUGCCAACAAAUUCUGCUUAAAUGCAUACGGAUAUUAUAAUUGGUGAUCAGUUUGCCGUCAACAACAACUACUGGGUGAUGCAGUCCCCGGAACUGGAUUAUCGGCACGAGCUGAUGGGACGUCUGCACAAGAUCGAGCCGGCCGACGUGGAACUGGAAGUGCUCGCUGCUGCUGCUGCUGCCUCCAACAACAACAACACGAAUAGUAACAACAACAACAACAACAGCAGCAACGGCAACGGCAGCCAAACGCCCAACAGCAACAACUCGGCGGCAUCUGCGCAUCAUCAUCACCAUCAUCAGUUCCAUCACCACCACCUGCAUUCGCACCACCAUUCACAUGCGCACCACCACCAACACCAUCAUCAGCAUUUGCACCACAGUCUGCAGAGCGGCGAGAGUGGUGCCGCCUUGGAUGCCUGGCAGCUGGCUGCCUCCAGCUAUGCCAGCGACCAGUCCCAGCAGCAGCAGCAGCAUCAACAGCAGCAACAACAACCCGCCGGCUCGCCCAAUUCCAACUCAAAUUCCGCCUAUGGAUGUGCGCCGCUCUACGACGAAGCGCCCUACGAAGUGGCUUUGGGCUAUGGAGCGGGCUCCAGCAACGGGGCGGCGGGCGCGGCAACGGGCAGCGAGAAGGAGUAUUUGUAUGAAACCAAAAACAAAGAGGCUCUCUUCGGCGACCCACUGGACGAUCCGUAUCAGCGACCAGCUCUCUGGGAUGAUAUUGCCACCUCAAUACAGAACAUUGAUCCGGAAAAUGCGCUCAUGCUGAGCGCCAGCACAGUGGCCAAUGGCAGCGACAAUGCGGCAGCGAAUCAGGCGACACAGCAGCAACAGUUGCUGCCACAGGUCAAAAUGGAAGCAAUAGAUGAAACACUGCUCGAAAAUUUCUCGACACCAAUGCUCAGUCCCAUGGAGAUUAAAACUGAAAAGCAGCAGCGACAACAGCAGCAGCAGCAACAACAGCAGCAGCAGCAGCAGCAGCAGCAGCAGCAGCAACAGCAGCAACAGCAACAGCAGCAGCAGCAAUACCAUCAGCAACAACAACAGCAGCAACACUAUCAGCAACAUUAUCAGCAACAGCAGCAACACUUGUACCAGCAUCAUCCUAGCCUCUCGCUGUCCGGGUUGCCACCCGCUGCUGAAGUUGUCGAGCUGCAGCUUCAGCAGCAGCAGCAGCAGCAACAUCAGCAGCAUCUCCACAGCGGCAGCAAUAGUCCCAAGCAGGCAGCCGGCGACAUUAACAACAGCAGCAACAACAACAACAACUCUGCCUCCUAUCAGCAACAAUACGCAUCUCAGCUGAACAGCGCAUCAGGCGCUGGAUAUCUAAACAGUAGCAGCAACAACAGCAGUGCAUCUGGGGGCACCACCAGCAGCGUCGUCACCAGCAGCACCGGCAGCAGCAGCAGCUAUGGCUACAGCUGGCACCACAGCAGUCAGAGCUUUCACACCAAAUACCAAAUACACCCGCCAUCAGCAGUUGCCACUGCGACACCAACCACUGCCACGCCCACAGCUCAACACGUGCUGCAGCAGCAGCAGCAUCAGCAACAACAACAGCUGCAGCUAUGCCCGCCAGCCGCGCCCAGCACACCGUCCGCCACAUCCGCCUCCUCCUCGGGCAGCGCCUCCUCGACGGGUUCCAAUUCGACGCGUCACAUGUUCGUGCCACCGCUGACACCGCCCAGCUCAGAUCCCGGCAGUCCUGGCGCCUCCAUGGUGGCCGCAGCCGCUGCAGUUGCCCAGGCACAGCGGCGUUCCACGCCACCGCCGCCCUAUCAGCAGGGCCAUGGCCUGGCUGGCCUCUGUCCUAGCCUGGUUAAUCCGCCACCCACGCUGCAGCUGCUGGGUGCCGGCACGCCCACCACGCUGACGACACUCACGCCCGCCAAUGCAGCCAGCGCAGUUGGAGCAGUCCAGCAGCCGGCACCGCCGCCACCUCCGCCACCGCCGAGCAGCGGGCGACGCGGCCGGCAUGCGCACCAUCAACCGGGAACGCCGGCGCACAUCGCCAGCCUGAUGAGUGUGCGUACCGUGCGCUACAAUCGGCGCAACAACCCGGAGCUGGAGAAGCGUCGCAUCCAUCACUGUGAUUUUGUGGGUUGUUCCAAGGUCUACACGAAGAGCUCGCAUUUGAAGGCGCAUCAAAGGAUACACACGGGUGAAAAGCCCUACACCUGUCAGUGGCCGGAAUGCGAAUGGCGUUUCGCUCGCUCCGAUGAAUUGACGCGACAUUAUCGCAAACACACCGGCGCCAAGCCCUUCAAGUGCAUCGUCUGCGAGCGAAGCUUUGCGAGAAGCGAUCACCUGGCACUCCAUAUGAAGCGCCACUUGCCGAAGAAUAAGUGAGGCCGUCGUGUCGGCCGGAGCGGCUACCAAUCAACUAUAUCACAAUCCAAAGGACUUUAGUUAAGCUAAAAAGAUACAAAAAUUCGUUUAGUAAAUGGUUACUAUUAAAUAUUAAUAUUAAACCUGAUUACUAAUUAGUUUAAUACAACAAAAUCACAUACACAAGAGCUUUUCACAAUCGAAAUUCAGAGAGCGUAUGGAGUCGGGAGCAGAUCUUACAGCUGAAAGGAUCUGCUCGCUCUUUCUGUCUGUCUCUCUCAACUCAAGCGUUAAAUUAAGUAAAUGAAAUUUCCACCUGCUUAACUACAUAUAAAUGCAAAUUUGAAACUAAGCACACUCCUAACUAAUCAUAACUCUCGUUUAGCUUACACAUUCACAACAAUAUUUAGUUCGUACUGUUCCAAAA